UAAACCUGAGCAAACAGCUUUCUGAUCCAUUGACGGUUUGAGACAUAAUAUAAACUGCUUCCUGUUUCAUGUACAGGAAAGAACGACAUCUUUGGCGAGCCCAUAAAUCUGUAUGCAGAUCCUGGUCGCUGUAAUGCUGAUGUUACUGCACUUACCUACUGUGACCUUCAUCGUAUCCAAAGAGACGACAUUCUGGAGGUGCUGGACAUGUACCCUGCAUUUGGAGAGAGCUUUUGGAGGAAACUAGAAAUCACCUUUAACCUACGAGACGCUGAACAGAUGAUGGCAAGUGAAAAUUUGGACUGCGGUUACCAUGCAAGCCGCAUACGACACAGACGAAACUCACUAGACAGGCGCAACAAGCCAGAUGGAAUGGACCAGAAUGACUCAUACCCAUCUCGGACGUGUUCGACCCUGGGUCGUCACCAUUCUCUAACCACUCACAUGCACUGGGAGGAGCUGUGCAGCUGUGCAAGCUCCACAUUGCAGUCCAGUGAAAACCUCAGCAAGUCUCCCAUCAGCCACUGUGAGCUUUAUACUUCUGAGGCAGACCAUCUGGACUACCCCUCUCCUGUUGUGAGAUUAAUACCACAGAGUGGUGCCUCUGGGAACAGCGGAGAGCCUAGCAUGGAUAUGGGGCACUUGGAUUCUCCUCCAUCUGGAUUGUACCAUUACUGGCCUGACCACCAGGCAGCUCAUUUUGCUGAACAGUCUCGGUGCUUUUCGUCUGUCCAGACAUCAUUUCCUCCACCGCUCUUUGCAGAUUAUCAUCCCAGUGAACUUGAGUCCAGACUGGAGCUCCUGCAGAGCCAGCUUAAGAGGCUAGAGACAAGAAUGACAGCAGACAUCAAUGUGAUCCUUCAGCUUCUCCAGCGACAGAUUGCCCCCGUGCCUCCAGCAUAUAGCACGGUAUUACCUGACAACCACAUUCCUGACCCUGCUACACUGUAUGGAAGCAGCACACCAGUACUUCACAGCAUGUUCCCCAUUCCAAAUAUACAAGUGGAGAGUAGAAGCACUACCAUUCAGAGUUCAACCCAGCCAGAAUCCAUGAUCCAGUCAAAUUCCCAGGGUUCUCUGUCCAGUGGGGUCCACAUGGGAGCUGCGUCAGAUGACUGUGAGCCUGAUAAACUAGAAACUAAUGCUGUUUCAACUCCAGCGCUUAAGCCCGUUUUUAUAGAUGCACCGCGGCUCUGUGCGUCUCUCCGCUUUCCCUCAUUACCUGGCAACCUGAACACUUCAUCACACCCGGAAGACAUUCAAAAACACAUGUCCGAUCCUUCCUUGCCAGUCAGCUAAAAUCACAACACGUCAUCAACCGGCUUAUCAUAACAGAACAAUGAGCACACAUCAAAACUCAAUCAAUAAAUACCCUGCUGAUGUCACCAGCUUAUGUUGUGUUGUGGAUGCUAGGAAGACCGUGCAAUUCCAUCAUCUUGGUUAACAAAUGUUGCUGGCCACCAGUUAGGACAGCCCCAAACUAGCACUAGUAACUAGCAUGAACACGCAAACUGGUAUUUUCAGCAGAGAACAAAAGCACAAAAUAAUAAGCCACAGUUGUGAGUAGGAUCUCAAACCUCAAGGUGAAUGUCAGUGAUCAUCUGAAAAAUCUUUUUGUUGUACAUGGACAUCAGUGACAUGUUCUUCAAGCAGUGAGACUCAGGGAAGAGUCACAAUUGUCGACAAACCUUUGGAAUGAUAAACCUAACCAAAGAAUGUCUCUAUGUCUGGAAAUGUAUGUUUUGUGUAUUUACUGUUUGUAAUUAAAACAAUGUUCAAUAAAAAUAUAAUAA